GGAUUGUAAGCGCGCGGCGCGCAUCUCUCCGGAAAUAUGGCGACCAUGCGGGCGCUGACGGCGUGCGGGCUGCUGCUGGCCUUCUGCGCGCUGGCGCUGCUCGCCGUAGCCAUGAGCACGGACUACUGGUACGAGACGGACGCCCGCCGUCACCGCGAGCGCUGCAAGAAAUACUCGGGCAAGCGAACUGACCCGGGAUACAUCUACAUCUCCAGUCAGAACCUGCCGCUCCGCAUGCUGCCCCAGCGUGGCGGCGCGAUGCUGAGGGAGAGGCGCGAUCUGCUGCCGCCCUCCUCGGCCAUGGAGUCGCGCUGCAGUCGCAGGUUUAACUCGACGGCCACGGGCCUGUGGCGAAAAUGCCAUAGAGAGGGUUUCGAUCAGGAGAACGAGGAGCUCAUCUUUAAAGGUUUACUCCAGCGCUGUACACCAGUGAAAUAUUAUUAUUCCUCCUCGAAUAUUCCACGCAAUCUCCCAGUGAACAUUACGAAGACAAUACGGCAAGAUGAGUGGCACGCUCUCCAUUUGCAGAGGAUGACUGCAGGGUUCAUAGGAAUGGCUGUGUCCAUCAUCCUGUUCGGCUGGAUCAUUGGUGUGCUGGGCUGCUGUAAGCACAACGAACUGAUGCAGUAUGUAGCAGGCCUGCUCUUCCUAAUGGGAGGAACCUGCUGUAUCAUCUCCCUCUGCACAUGUGUGGCUGGGAUUAACUUUGAGCUGUCACGCUAUCCUCGCCAACUGUACAGGCUGCCUGAGGACAUCAGUCAUGGCUAUGGUUGGUCCAUGUUCAGCGCCUGGGGUGGCCUGGGCCUCACACUGCUAGCAGGUUUCCUCUGCACACUGGCUCCAUCACUUCACAGCCCUCAGACCACCACUGUACACAAACCACGGCAGGAGAAUGGCAUGGUGUGAUGGACUUGACAAGCGCACACAGAGAAGUACAUAAACCCAUAGAAAUACAUACAACAGGCUGCCAGAAACCACCAAUGUACUUCAUGUGCAUGUAUGUCAUGGAAAGACAGACUGAAGGAAUUAAUUUCACAGAAGCACGCGCACACACACACACACACACACACACACACACACACACACACACACACACACACACACUUUUACAGAGCAUACAUCCUGUAUGAGUCACACAAGGAUCCUGUGCAUCUCUU